AUGUUUACUUGCUGCUGUAAUAGUAGCAAAGAGGAACAGAUGAUCAGCUCACGCUUGAUCCGCGCUAUGUCUGAGCUGAGCCUGAGGCGCUAUGGAAGCAAUUGUUUUCCGUCACGGAACAAUAAAAAAGCAGGAUGAGUCAAAGGCUGAGUAAAAUGUCUGAGGAUGUUGUCUACUCGGAGGUCGUAUUUGUGAAGAAAAAUGAGGUUGACAAGAAUAAUCCAGAUCAGCGUCAAUUAGCUUCACAAAAGACCAAACCAUGUGGUUGUGACUGUGUUCGACUGUUUCUAAUGGCUCUGUGUGCUCUCCUCACGGUUGGACUGAUCGCGUUCAGCUUCCAAUAUGUAUAUACAGAGAAAAAGCUUAAAGAUCUCCAGCAGCUCCACUCUGCGCUGAAUGAGAAUUUCACAGCAUUUUCAGCUGUACUUCAAGACAUGCAUCGCUGGCAACAAAAUCAAUCUAAGGCUCUGAAUGGCAGUGCAUGUCCAAAGGAUUGGGAGUAUCAUGCAGGAAAAUGUUACCUCUUCUCUACAAACACACUGAAUUGGGCUGAGAGUCGAGACAGCUGUAUCACAGAUGGCGGUCAUCUGGUGAUCAUAAACAGCAAAAAUGAACAGGAGUUCCUGAUGAGAAUUAUACAGAUGGAAAAAACAGAGUUCUGGAUUGGCCUGACUGAUGGGAGGACAGAGGGUCAAUGGCUAUGGGUAGACAACACACAACUGGAAAAAUCUGAACAAAGGUACUGGUAUGGAAAUGAACCAGAUGACUGGAAAGGAUAUGAAGGAAAGGAUGAAAAAGGAGAGGACUGUGUUAUUAUCAAACCAGAGUUCCCUCAUCUUCAUAGCUGGUUUGAUGCAUUCUGCAGAAAAUUAUCCAGAAGAAUAUGUGAGACCAGAUCAUCCAGACAAACUUAGCGGCCAUGAAAGCAAUGUAUGGCAUUGGAUUUUUUUGGAAAAUGUGUAUAUCUAUCUAUUUAGGGGCCCUUAAGCCCCUGUUGCUUUUGUUCUGACAUCUUUAUUUCUUCUGACUAAGAGUCUGUGCAGACAGCUUUGUGGUGUCCUAUUCAAACCCACUUCUGCUUGUAAGUUUUGAGGACUUGAGACCUUCAUGCAAAGUUCAGUGAAAUCAGUGAAUUUGAAUCUCAGCUCUUUGAAUUGGCCAUUUUGAAUUUUGAAAAUAGUUCACUGCUCUUAUUACAAAUUGCUUCAUCAAAGCUGGCAAGCUUCCAUUCAACCUGACGUCUGUCUAAGACAUUAAGAUUGGUGAUAUUCCAAAUCAUUUUUGUUCUGGAUGUUUUCUAACAACUGAAAUUAUCUAGCGUCUAUAACACAAGACCAUAGGGAAGAAAAACAAACAAAAAUGUGUUGAGUGACAACCUGCCCAGUGUUACAUGGUGCCAUCUCAAGGGGUAACUUACCAUAAGUUAAUAUGUAAAUGAUUUAAUUUCAAAUACAAAUAUUCACAUAAAUGUAAAAAAUAAAAUGUAAAUGCACAAUUUACACAACCCAUUUCUGUAUCUUGUGCCACAUUAUUCUCGAUCAUUUUCCAUAAACUAGCCAGGAAAAGGUUUAAUAAUCAGAAUGUGCACUAAAAUAUGCUGUGUUAAGAACAACCCAGUUUGGGUUGAAAAUGGACAAUCCCAGCAGUUGGGUUAAAUGUUUGCCCAAAAUGCUGGGUAGUUUUAUUUAACUCAACUAUCGUUUAAAAAUGACUGUAUUGCUUGCUUAAAAUGAACCCAAAAUAUGUUGGAAAUUAACAUUUAUUACUAUGUUUAAUAAAUAUACUUUUAAUAAUAAGUUUAAUGAAUAAUUAAUAAGCAUUUAUUAAAUUGCCUAUUAAUAAAUGUUCACCUUUUGAUUAUUAUCAUUGCCUCUAGUAAUCGUGUGUCUGAUUUUUAAUUUAAUUUUGGGUUCAUUUUAAGCCAGAUAUAUAGUAAUUUUUAAACAAUAGUUGAGUUAAAUAAAACUGACCAGCACAUUGGGCAAACAUUUAACCCAACCGCUGGGUUUGUCCAUUUUCAACCCAGCAUUUUUUUUUUUUUUUUUUUAAGAAUGUAUGUUGCACAAGUUUCAACGUUAUGAAAUAAUACUUCGAUUCAGAUGCAAAGCUCACUGUCAUUAAGCCUGGAUGAGCUGAGCUACCAUUGUAGGAAAGGUCACAGAAAAAUUGGCCAUAAAUUAAAUGAAGGAUUAUAUGCAUGACAAAAUGUUUGAUAUUUUACACCUGGAUAUAUAUGUGCUUCUGCAAAAAAUGUAUUUGUCCUGCUAUGUAUUAAAUUAAUUGCAAGAAACAGUUAAUUUUUUUUUUUCAUUGCAAUCCUCAAUCAAUCAUAGGCAGCUUUAGCUUUUCAUUUUUUCUAAAUAUAUGGUCACAUGACAUUGUGCAGUUAUGGUUAUAAAUACAUAAAAUUAUUUUUUAAAAUCACCAGUGAUAAACAGAACUUAAAACAUUUAUAUUACUGAUGUGCUUGGCCACACAAUCUGAGACUGGAAUAAGUGAAGUGUGUAUGCACCAUGCGUUUCUGUGCAAAAUGCAAGUGAAAAGAGUUGAUUUUUGUAUCUCUCAAGAAAAUAAAGAUGAUAGACUUGCAGAA